AUAUUAUGAUGGUGAAUGAAUGACCAAUCCGGGGCGGUGUUUGGGAUUCAUAUAAAUAUUGGCGGCAUUGCUUACCAAGUCACAGUUCAUCUGCUUCUCUCAGCAGUUCAGUGUAGUGUUCUUCAACAUUCAAGUUUGAUAAGUUUCAACAAGAACUUUUAGCAUGAUUCGUAUAAAGUUACAGAUUUUCGCAGUAGCUCUUCUCGCUCUCUCUGUUUUGGCAGAGGAGAAGAAAGCCGAGAAGAGAGGAGUUCUGAGCGGACUCCAUGGAGCUAACAGCAUUGGAGGAGGAAGUUACGGAGGAGGAGGAUUUGGCGGAGGUUACUCCGGGGGUCACGGAGGAGGUUACAGUCUGGGAGGAGGAGUGAGCAGUUUCGGAGGAGGUCAUGGAUUCUCAGGAGGUUUGGGAGGAGGAUUGGGAGGUAUCGCUUAUAGCGGACAUGGAGGAGGAGGUUCAGGAUUUGGAGGAGGUUCAGGAUUCGGAGGAGGACUCGGAGGUGGUCUAGGAGGAGGACUAGGAGGAGGACUAGGAGGAGGAUUAGGAGGAGGCUUAGGAGGCGGUGCCAUCACCGUGAACACAGUCUCCCAACCAGUACCAGUUCCAGUUCCCCAACCAGUCCCCGUCACAGUUACCCGCACAGUUCCCGUGCCACAACCCUACCCAGUACCCGUAUCUGUUCCGAGACCAGUAGCCGUUCCAGUUCCUCAGCCAUACCCGGUCACUGUUAACCGUCCAUACCCAGUUCCCGUUGAACGUCCCUACCCCGUCAGAGUUCCCCACCCAGUACCCGUUCCAGUUCCUCACCCUGUUCCAGUGUCAGUUCCCCAGCCGUACCCAGUAACCGUUAACCGACCAGUUCCCGUAUCAGUUCCUCAGCCGAUUGUGGUUCCUCAACCAGUUCCAGUGGUGGUGUCUUCGGGAGGCGCUGGAGGUGCUGGAGGUUUCUCAAGUGGAUUUGGAGGCGGACUUGGAGGCGGACUAGGAGGUGGACUUGGAGGCGGACUUGGGGGUGGUCACGGACUUGGAAGCGGACUUGGAUCUGGUCUGCUCUCUGGCGGACACGGUGGAAGCUACAGCAGUGGAGCUCUCCUCUCCGGAUAUGGAGGUGGUUAUGGAGGAUACUCAGGUGCUCUAUCCGGUGGACACGGAGGAUACUCGGGUGGUCUCUCAAGUGGACUCGGAGGAUACUCAGGUGCUCUAUCCGGUGGACACGGAGGAUACUCAGGUGGCCUAUCCAGUGGACAUGGAGGGUACGUAAGCAGCAGUCUGGGAUCCUAUGGAUCAGGAUCCUAUGGAUCAGGAUCUUAUGGAGGAUCCAAGGGCUACUCAAGUGGAGGUCACGGAGGAGCGACUUCCUACUCGUCGACUACCUUUGGGCAUGGUGGUAGCAGCGGAAGUGGAUACGCUUCCGGUUUCAAGGGAUAUCACUAAGUUCCACUACUUGGAUGAGACUGGAAGACCUCGCAAAGCAUCUCAGCACUCGCAUCAAUCAUCACCAUGAUACUCAUCAUUACCAUUACAUUAUCAUCAUACCAUUAAGUCACGUUUGAUCGAUUCAAGUCAAAUUUGUAAACUUUAUAAUCUAGUUUGUAUGUUUUUUAUAUGGAAUAAACUAUUUUUCACAAAAUA